CGACGGCGCCCGAGCCUGGAUUGAGGCGCGCCCUCGGGGUGGUGACCCCCAAGGGCGAGCCUGCGCCCGGCUUUGACCCUGACUCAGUCUUCGAGGACGACACUAUCGAUGAUGGCGCCAUGUCCUCGCCGACUCCAAAGACCCGCUCAAGCAGCUUCGGUCGCUUCAGCCUGACUCGCUCGCGGAGCAGCACCGACGCGAACCGGACGCGAAACAAGGACGACCAGGAGAAUGCCAGCGAAGGUGCGAAACGGCGCGGCGGGCUCGGCGCGUCGCUGCGCAAGCUCAAGGACUCGUCCGGGUCGCUUACGCGCUCGCUGUCCGCCAGGGUGCCCAAGGUGCCUGGGCGGAACAAAAGGUCGCUGUCGGUUCAGCUCCCCAAGGCGCCUCCCGUUAUACGCGUCAAGAGCGAGCCACGGCCUCGCGACAACGGCGUGGCUGGUCUUCCCACUGUACCCGACUCCAGGCCCACCAGGCAUCGAUACCAUCUCAGUGAUGCCACGGGCGGCCCCACUUCGCUGCACACCAUCCCCCAAAGCCCACAUACUGCACAGGACCCGUCCGCGGCGUUCAUCUCGCACCCACCGGGACAGACACCUCCGUACGCCAUGUCGGACAUUCUGAUCCCAGACAUGCUCAGGCAGGGAACACCGAUGGUCAAGGUCUCCGCGAAGAAACAGAAGCGCGUUAUCUUGAAGUUGGAUCCCGAACAGGGCCAGUUGUCAUAUGAAACGAGCAAGCUGCGAUACAUCCCCAUCGAAUCGAUCAAGGAGAUUCGCACAGGGGCAGAUGCGUGCUACUACCGCGAGCAGUUUCAGCUUUCGAUCCAGUACGAAGACCGCUGGCUCACCAUUGUUUACAUACUCGAUGGCAAGUACAAGACAUUGCACGUCGUCUCAGCUACGCGAGAUGUCCUUCACCUGUGGAACGUUACCUUGGAGAAGCUGCACGGCAUCCGGAAGGAGCUUAUGAGUGGGUUGGGCAACGAUGAGGUUAGAGAGGCGGUCUGGGAGCGGCAAUAUUGGAAGAGCGCGGACUUGCAGGCCGACCAAAAGCUUGAAUUCGACGAGGUGGAGAAGCUUUGCAGGAGACUCAACAUCAACUCAGGAAGAGAUGAUCUUAGGAGAUUGUUCAAGCAAGCAGACACUCAGAACCGCGGCUACCUUGAUUUUGCUGAUUUCCAACGAUUCGUGAAGAUGUUGAAGGCCAGGCCGGAGCUUGAUCGAAUCUAUAAGAGAUGGAAGCUGGACAAUAAGGGUAUUUUUGGCUACGAGGCUUUCGAAAGAUUCAUGAAGGACGUGCAGAAGUCGACCUUGGGAAGGCCAGAGCUCGAGAAGAUUUUCUUGAAGUACGCCACGGAUCCAAAUGCCGCCGUGCCCGCCUCCCCUCCCGCCUCACCAACUUUUUCGACCAUCGGCCUACCUCACGUAGAUGACCCGUUUGCGGCUGCGUCUGCGCCCCAGCCACUUGCCAUGCCUCCUGAAGCAAUCGUUCCCUCAUUAUCUCAACCUUCUGACUCUCCAUCGAACGUUCCUCCUCUGCCUCCGCAAGCCGAACCGCACGUGCCAGAGGAAGCGGAGUCGGCACCAGCUCUGCAAACGCACAGGUCGAGUGUAUCGGUAGGCAAGGAUAAUUCCUCGGCCACAGAUGCGGCGGUGACCGCGUCGCCUGCGCCCAUUCUCGCCGAUGCUUCGUCAUCGUGCCCUUCAACAGACGCCUGUUCGCGUCCAGGAGGGUCUUCCGCAACCGAUACUCACCAGCGUGCCGCCGUACCCACCUCAUCAUCCACGUCUCCCGACGAACUCUCAUUCUAUACGAUCUCUCUAUCCGCAUUCACCGCCUUCCUUCUGUCCUCUGAUAAUUCACCCUUCCCGGAUGCUGAGUCUACCACUUCCAUCACUCACGACAUGACUCGACCUCUUCCGGAAUACUAUAUCUCCUCGUCUCACAAUACGUAUCUUGUGGGGCACCAAUUGGUUGGAGACAGCACCAUCGAAGGGUACAUCCGCGCCUUGCUUCACGGUUGUCGGAGCGUUGAACUUGACAUCUACGACGGAGAAAUAGAACCCUGCGUCUUUCACGGUAAAACACUUACUUCGAAAGUGGCCGUGCGAGAUAUUUGUCGUGCCAUCUCCAAAUACGCCUUUGUCGCCUCGCCUUAUCCAAUUAUCAUAUCCGCAGAAAUCCACUGCGGCGUGGCACAACAAGAGAUGCUUGUCAAAAUCAUGCAGGAAGAAUUUGGCGAUGCUCUGAUCAGCGCCCCACCAGAUAAUCGACCUGUCAUUACGGUCCUUCCUAGUCCGGAAGAUCUCAAGGGGCGGGUUUUAUUGAAGGCGAAGAAUCUGUACGUGAGCUCGAGAGAGGGAUUGACAGAGAAGGAGGUCGUCGUCAAUACGGAGUCCAGCUCGACGGAGAACUCCUCUGCCUCGGACUCCGAGCCACUACGCGCUGAGAUCAAAGGGGCGGUUCACGAGCUCAAGUCCGACAUUCGAGGCGAGAUGAGCAAGGCGCGCAACAUCAUGUCUCGGGUUCGUCACCGCAAGAGCCCCUCUAUUACGGCGCGUUCCCCGUCCCGUUCGCCCGCCUUGCAAUCCAUCGGGCUUCCGCCGACCCCUCCUGCCGCAGGCGCCUCAUCUUCAUCGGGGAGCACUCCAAAGAUUAAGAUGUCAAUGGCACUGGUCGAGCUGCUUGUGUACACCGUCGGCGUAAAAUGCCGCGGGAUCAACAAGAAGGAGCAAUACGCGCCUGAGCAUGUGUUCUCAUUGAGCGAGAGCACAGCGAACAAGGUCAUGAAGCAGGGGAUGAUGGACCUGAUCAAACACAACCGGACGCAUAUAGUGAGGAUAUACCCCAAAGGAACAAGGUUGAACUCCACGAACUACGAGCCCCAUCGUUACUGGAGCGCAGGCUGUCAGCUAGUGGCGAUCAACUGGCAGACAUUCGAUCUGGGGUAUAUGAUCAACCAUUCCAUGUUUCAGCGCAACGGGCGGUGUGGAUAUGUGUUAAAACCUCGUGCAUUGAGGGAACCCAGCAAGGAUCUCCUGUCUAGACGGACCCAGCACUACUUGGACAUUUCAAUCAUCUCCGCGCAGCAACUGCCUCGUCCGAAGGAUGCAAACGGUCGCGAGAUCGUGUCGAAAUCGAUGGUCGAUCCACUCGUCGAGGUGUCCAUCCAUGUGCCUGACUGGACACACUCCCCAUUCGUGCCCACCACCGACACCAAGUACUCUCCACCGAACACGCCCAUGAGUGCGGCAGCUGCCGCCACGGCGACGACCGCGCGUACUGUGAGCUACAAGACGGGGCGCGUCAAGAACAACGGUUUUAACCCUGUGUGGGAGGAGAGUUUUUCCCUUCCAUUCGAUUGUGUGGGGAACAUGAAGGAACUUGUGUUUGUCAAGUUCGCAGUGAAGGAUGACGACGACAGGGAGAACACCGAGUCGCUCGCAUUGUACUGCGCUAGUCUUGGCUGCCUGAACCAAGGCUAUCGGCAUUUGCCUUUGCAUGACGCGCAAUUAUCUCAAUAUCUGUUCUCGACGUUAUUCGUACAUAUCGGCAUCCGGGAAGUGUAGGUGCGACUUUUCGGAUCGACGGACCCACCAUUAUGCUACGACAUUGCUAUUCAUUGUACCUGCGGGCCGGCUUACACUCAGUAGAGUACAAUUGGUGUUAAUGAGGCAACACAUGCUCGAUC